AUGGCUGCUGCGGGUGAGAGUGAGGUAGCAGUCGUGAAGGACCUUGACUCACUGGCUGUACAGUUUGGCCAGUCAUUGAUGGAGUCGGAUUUGAAGGCAUAUAAUGGUGAAAGUUCUGACACUGGUAAUUAUGAGAUAAAAUUAGAAAAUGCAGAAGAUGAAGAUACAGCAAUGGAGUCAAGCCCCCGCACUGACUUUAGAAAUUUAAAUUUUAGUGAGUCUGUUACUGAAGUCAAAAAGGAGGAAAAUGAUGUUUCUUUUGAUAAAAGUCAGCAAUCUAGUUCUAAACAGAAGGUGUACAGAUGUGAAGAUUGUGGACAAUGUUACCUGAAGUCAAGUUCAUUCAGUAACCACAGGCUGGCUCAUCAUCCGUCUGUCUGUACCCACUGUGGGCGGCGAUUUAGUUUGCCAUCCAGCUUAGAAGCUCAUCUUCAGCUUGAAUGUGGGCGCAAAAAAGAAUCGUCAGGACUUGAGUGCCAUAUUUGCCAUAAGAUCAUGAGUACCAAAAAGAUUUUAAACAGGCAUUUACGACUGCAUUCAAAUUCGGGUAACUUUUCCUGUCAUUUGUGUUCAAAAUCAUUUGGAUUGAAAAGUAGUCUUGAAUUUCACAUGAGGACUCAUGAUGUGACUAAGCCUUACAAAUGUAAUGCCUGUCACACAACUUUUACAGAAAAGUCCACUGCUAUUCGUCAUGUUAAGAAACAACAUACAGAAAUUAACUACAAUUCAUAUAUAGAAAAUACCUUACAGCCUGCUAACCCAGUAGAGUUAGCGAACAAAAUUAAUGUAAAGUUACUCGGGGGAACAAGAAAUGAUUUCUCUCAAAGCCUGCUGAACAAUUCAGAAAAACCAGCAAAAGAUGUGAAGAGCUCUUCACCAUCAUUGAAAUCUCUUCUUGAACAGCCUAUGGUGAAAAUGUUAGAAUCUGAAAGUAUUCUUGGUAAAAAGGUUGAAGAAAGCAUAAAGAAUUCAGGGGAGUGUAAUGAUAAAGUGAAAGUGGAAGGUGACAUGUAUGGGGCUUAUGAAAAUGAUGUUGUUGAAAGUGAUGAGGAGGAUUUAGAUAAUAGUACACAUCAGGGAGACUACUUCAAAGUGUAUAACUGUAAGUUAUGUGACAAAUCAUACCAUCACUCAAGUUCUCUUAACAAACACAUGAAAAAACACGAUUCUUCCAAGUUUGUAACUUGUUAUAUUUGCAAAAAGGUCUGCGUGAAUGAAGAAGAUUUUCAGAUUCAUUUUACAUUGCACUCUUCCACAAAAACUUACAUUUGUCCGUUGUGUGGUGCAAAAAUUGCUCGAAGAUCAAGCGUUUUACGUCAUAUUAGAAAAACACACAAAUAUUCAAAUCAGGCAGCUAGAGAUUUAUUGAACCAGCAUCUAGCCUCCCUUGAUGUAUCUGAAACUGUAAAGUCGGAAUCGGAAACAGGCCAUGAAGACUCGAUAGAUGAAGAAAUAAAACCGGAUACUGAAAUAAAACCAGAGAUUGCGAAACCAAAAACAGUUGUUGAUGAUAAAAAGGAAGUGAAUGAAGUAGAAGAAUUUGAACAUUUUACGUGUAGUGUUUGUGAACAGAUCUUUUUGGAGAAUGCGAAGUUGACAAUGCAUUUGCUAACUGUUCAUAAACUAAGUGAGGAAGAGGCUCUAGUAAGCUCAGGUUUGAGAAUUAAUGAUAAUGAAAAUAAGGCAGACAGACCAGAUCAUUAUACCUGCAGUUUAUGUCAGCAAAUAUUUCUAGAAAAAACAGAGUGGAAAAAACAUCUUUGUGAUCUCCAUGGGUUAAGUAAUGAGGAAGCAGUAACUUGUAUACAGUUGGAAACUGGAGAACAUGGACAGCUUAAUGAGUCUAGUCUGACAGAUACUAGAAGUGGUAUAAGUGAGAAAAAUGAAAUGCGUUCAACCAUUUUUGACACUCCUUUGAGUGUGACUGUUGAAAAGGAUAAAGAAGGGGUGCAGAAAGUUAUUAAAGUAAUGCCUGAAGUACCAGUCGGCACCCCAGCUGGCGCAAAAAAUGAUUCUCAAUUUAAACCAUACAGUUGCAGUAUGUGCGGAACACGAUUUGUCGAAAAAUCGAGUGUUCGACGUCAUUUAAAGAGAACUCACAAAUUUUCACCAGAAGAAGCCAGAGAAUACAUGAUAAGAGCUGAUUACACUAAAGACUCUAACACAACAAAUAAAAUAGUCUCAGUUCCUCAAACUAGCACACCUGUUAAGAAUGAUGCAAAUGAAAGCUUACAAGAAA